AUCCAUUAAUCCAUAUUCACAAUGCCAAAGGAAACCGUUGACAGAAAACUCAAGAAGGACAAUCCAAUGAGAAAGGUCCAAAUCCAAAAGCUUUGCUUGAAUAUUUCCCCUGGUGAAGGUGGUGAUAGAUUGCAAAAGGCUGCUAGAGUCUUGCAAGAUUUGACUGGUCAAGCUCCAGUUUUCCACAAGGCCCGUUUGACUAUCCGUUCUUUCGGUAUUAGAAGAAACGAAAAGAUUGCCUGUUCCGUCACUGUUAGAGGUGAAAAGGCCUACGAAUUGUUGGAAAGAGCUUUGAGAGUUAAGGAUUUCGAAUUGAGACAACGUAACUUCUCUGAUGCUGGUAACUUCGGUUUUGGUAUCCAAGAACACAUCGAUCUUGGCUUGAAGUACGAUCCUAACAUUGGUAUCUUCGGUAUGGACAUCUUCGUCGUUUUGGGUCGUCCAGGUUUGAGAGUCUCCAAGAAGAAGAGAGCUCCAGGUAAAAUUGGUGUUCAACACUUGUUGAGCGAAAAGGAUGCCAAGCAAUGGUUCGUUGAUAACUUCAAGGGUACCAUCUUGAACUAAAUUAAAAAAUAAAUCAAAACAUAAAAUUUCAU